CGCUGUCAGUAGAGGCCUGGGGCUACCGGAGAUCCAUCUGGCCGCUCCGUGGAGCUCAGGCUCCAGCUCGCUGCCGGAGACAUGUUGCGGGCGCAGCCACGGCUCCUCCGUAACUGCCUGAGGCUGCGACCCAAGGCCGGGGCUCCCACCGCGGGAGCGCUGCGUCGGGGCCGCCACUCCCUGCACCCGGAGUGGGUCGCUUUAGCCGAGAAGCAACUGAAGGGGAAGAAAGCCGAAGAUCUGAUAUGGAAUACGCCGGAAGGCAUCGCUAUCAAGCCACUUUAUUCCAAGCGGGACACUGCGGAGCUGCCCGAGGAAUUGCCCGGCGUGUGGCCUUACACCCGGGGUCCGUAUCCGACCAUGUACACCUACAGGCCCUGGACCAUCCGGCAGUACGCUGGCUUCAGCACGGUUGAGGAGAGCAACAGGUUUUACCGCAACAACAUUAAAGCUGGUCAACAAGGACUUUCUGUGGCUUUUGAUCUUCCCACUCACAGGGGAUAUGAUUCAGACAACCCCCGUGUGGUUGGAGAUGUUGGAAUGGCAGGGGUUGCAAUAGACAGUGUGGAAGAUAUGAAGCUGCUAUUCGAUGAAAUUCCUUUGGAAAAGAUGUCUGUUUCCAUGACAAUGAAUGGUGCAGUGCUGCCAAUCCUGGCUAUGUUCAUUGUGACGGGCCAAGAGCAAGGUGUUCCUCAAGAGAAGCUAACUGGCACAAUCCAGAAUGACAUAUUGAAAGAAUUCAUGGUCAGGAAUACCUUCAUUUUUCCACCUGAGCCUUCCAUGAGGAUUAUAGCUGAUAUAUUCCAGUAUACUGCUAAAUAUAUGCCCCGAUUUAACUCCAUUUCCAUCAGUGGGUAUCACAUCCAAGAAGCUGGUGCUGGUGCUGUUUUGGAAUUGGCUUAUACCAUAGCAAAUGGUCUGGAAUACUGCAGAACUGGUAUCCAAGUGGGGCUUAACAUUGAUGAAUUUGCACCACGGCUUUCUUUCUUUUGGGGAAUUGGUAUGAAUUUCUACAUGGAAAUAGCAAAGCUGAGAGCAGCUAGACGACUUUGGGCGAACUUAAUUAAAGAAAAAUUUAAUGCUAAGAGUUCUAAGUCUUUACUGCUGAGAGCCCAUUGUCAGACGUCUGGUUGGUCCCUUACUGAGCAGGAUCCACACAACAACAUUAUUCGCACAGUUAUUGAGGCAAUGGCAGCGGUGUUUGGAGGAACUCAGUCACUGCAUACUAAUUCUUUCGAUGAGGCAUUAGGUUUACCCACAGUCCAAAGCUCCCGGAUCGCCAGAAAUACUCAGAUCAUCAUCCAGGAGGAAUCUGGCAUUCCAAAAGUAGCAGAUCCUUGGGCAGGUUCAUUUAUGAUGGAGACUCUAACUAAUGAGAUACACGAUGCUGCUUUAGAGCUUAUUAAUGAGAUUGAAGAAAUGGGAGGUAUGGCUAAAGCAGUAGCUGACGGCAUACCAAAACUUCGUAUUGAAGAAUGUGCAGCCAGAAAACAAGCAAGGAUUGACUCUGGUGCUGAAGUAAUUGUAGGAGUAAACAAAUACCGUCUGGAGAAAGAGGAGCCUGUAGAAGUGCUAAUUAUAGACAACACUGCGGUGCGGAACCAACAAAUUGCAAAACUAGAAAAGUCAAGAGCAUCCAGAAAUCAAGCAACAGCUGAGAAGUGCUUGAGUGCCAUUACUGAAUGUGCACGCUCAGGACAAGGAAAUCUACUGGCGUUGGCAGUGGAAGCUGCUCGUGAAAGGUGUACUGUUGGAGAAAUUACAGAUGCAAUGAAAGUAGUGUUUGGUGAACAUCAACCUAGUAAUCGCAUGGUGAGCGGUGCAUACCGACAUGAAUUUGGUGACAAUGAAGAAAUGACUAUGGCAAUGAGCAGAAUUGAGAAGUUUGCUAAAAAUGAAGGUCGUCGACCUCGUCUGCUUGUUGCUAAAAUGGGUCAAGAUGGGCAUGAUCGAGGAGCAAAAGUUAUUGCCACAGGAUUUGCUGAUCUGGGUUUUGAUGUGGAUAUAGGACCCUUGUUUCAGACUCCUCGGGAGGUAGCACAGCAGGCAGUGGAUGCAGAUGUGCAUUGCGUUGGUGUCAGUUCUUUGGCAGCUGGCCAUCGAACUCUCGUGCCAGAAUUGAUAAAAGAGCUUUGUGAUCUUCAGCGCCCUGAUAUUUUGGUCAUCUGUGGUGGUGUAAUUCCUCCUCAGGAUUAUGAAGACUUGUUCAAGGCAGGUGUUUCCAGCAUCUUUGGCCCAGGUACUAGAAUUCCUGUUGCUGCUGUACAGGUCCUUGGUAACAUUGAGAGAAAUUUAGUCAAGAGGCAGCAAUCAUUGUGAACAUCAUUGGGCAUGGUAAUAAUUUUGUUCACUUGAAGCUUGUUUUUCUGUAAUGUCAGUCAAAACUUUUACCUACAGUACUUUCUGGGAAAGUUUGUAUUUCAUCCAUUUUCUGUACUUGUUAGUUUACUUAAUGGACUUGCAUUCACUAGUGUCUCCUCUUAUUGGAGCAAGCUGAGAUCACGUUACAAACUGAAGAUAAUUUAAACCAAAUUUCCAUUAUGUAUGAUUGAACUGUAUACCAAUAAAAUUAAAAUGAGAAUUUCUAUUUUA